AUGGCUAGCCUUGAAGAUUUAAUUCCUACAGUCAAUAAACUACAGGAUGUCAUGUAUGACUCCGGUAUCGAUACCCUUGACUUGCCAAUUUUGGCUGUAGUUGGUUCCCAAUCAUCAGGCAAGUCUUCAAUUCUGGAGACUUUGGUUGGCAGGGACUUCUUACCAAGAGGUACAGGUAUCGUGACUAGAAGACCGUUGGUUUUACAACUAAAUAACAUCUCAGCCUCAUCACCUUUGAUAAAGGAAAAUCCAGAUCUUAUCAUGUCUUUAAACAAUGCCUCAAGAUCACAAUCAUCACUAAAUGGAUUUCAGAACAACAACGAGUCCACAACAUCCUUGAACGACAAUAAUGGUGCAUCCUCCGCAAUCGGUGGAAGUAACGCAACCGAAAUACGUCGUGAUGAAUGGGGUGAGUUCUUGCAUAUUCCGGGAAGAAGGUUUUACGACUUCUCUGAAAUUCGGCGGGAAAUUGAAAGCGAGACCGCUAGAAUUGCAGGUAAAAAUAAAGGAAUCAGCAAAAUUCCUAUCAAUCUUAAGAUAUACUCUCCCCAUGUCCUGAAUUUGACUUUAGUGGAUUUACCUGGUAUAACCAAGGUUCCAAUUGGAGAACAACCCCCAGAUAUUGAGAAACAAAUCAAAAAUUUGAUAUUAGAUUAUGUUGCUACUCCAAACUGCAUCAUUCUUGCUGUGUCACCAGCAAAUGUUGACCUCGUUAAUUCUGAAUCAUUGAAACUUGCUCGUGAAGUUGAUCCUCAUGGUAUUAGAACCAUUGGUGUCAUCACUAAACUGGAUUUGAUGGACUCUGGAACUAACGCCCUUGACAUCUUAUCGGGAAAACUAUAUCCAUUAAAGUUGGGUUUUGUUGGUGUAGUUAACAGAUCACAACAAGAUAUCCAAAUGAACAAAACUGUGGAGGAAGCUUUGAACAAAGAAGAAGAAUAUUUUAAUAGACACCCCGUUUACCGCACAAUGUCACACAGAUGUGGUACAAGAUAUCUAGCAAAAUUACUGAACCAAACCUUGAUAAGCCAUAUAAAAGAGAAAUUGCCAGACAUUAAAACACGUUUGAAUACUCUAAUUAGUCAGACCGAACAAGAACUGUCUCAAUAUGGUGAUACGGGUGAUAUCACAAAAGAGAACAGGGCUGGGUUGGUGCUGCAGUUGAUGAACAAAUUUGCGACAGCCUUCAUAUCAUCAAUCGAUGGUACGUCCUCUGAAAUAAGCACCAAAGAACUCAGUGGAGGGGCUCGUAUUUAUUACAUUUAUAAUAACAUUUUCGGUAAUACACUAAAAUCCAUUGAUCCAACAACCAACCUUACAAUUCUUGACAUCAGAACUGCCAUUCGAAACUCUACUGGUCCAAGGCCUACACUCUUUGUACCAGAGCUAGCUUUUGAUUUGUUAGUCAAGCCACAGAUCAAGCUUCUUUUAGAGCCUUCCCAACAAUGUGUAGAAUUGGUUUACGAGGAACUUGUUAAGAUAUGUCACAAAUGUGGAACUCCGGAAUUAUCAAGAUACCCAAAGCUUAAAAGUAAGUUGAUUGAGGUGGUUAGUGAUUUGUUACGCGAAAGGUUAUUCCCCACUCGUUCCUACGUGGAAAGCUUGAUUGACAUCCACAGAGCAUAUAUUAACACAAACCAUCCAAAUUUUUUGACUGCCACUGAUGCAAUGUCUGAUAUAAUCCAAUCUCGGAAAAGAAAUCAAGAGAAUCAGAGAGCACAGAAAAUGCUAGAGAAAGAAAAGCAAAAUGAAAUUCAGGAAAACGGUACCGCAUCUCAAAAUUCAAAAUCUGAUAUUGAGCCUAGCAUCGAUGGUACUGAAUUGGAUAGCAGUAAAGACGCAACAAAAUCGAAAGACACUUUCCUGAAUUACUUUUUUGGGAAGGAUAAGAAGUCGCAACUUUCCUUAUCAAACAGAGAUGGAAGGUUUAGCGAAUUAAAUGGAUACAAAGAUGAUUUUAGUUCACAAUUCCAACAACUAAACUUCAAUAGCAAUCUCAACAGUGAUGAUGAUGCUUUUGAAAAUGCAAACCAUCCUAAGCUGACCGAAAGAGAAGAUUUAGAAUGUGAAUUAAUAAGAAGGUUAAUUGUUUCUUACUUUGACAUAGUUCGUGAGAUGAUUGAAGACCAGAUACCUAAGGCUAUUAUGUGUCUUCUAGUGAAUUUCUGUAAGGAUAGUGUUCAAAACAGACUUGUUACUGAAUUGUAUCGUGAAAGCAUGUUCGAGGAAUUAUUGGUUGAAGACCAAACACUAAUGCAGGAUAGAGAAAAUGCGUUGAAAUCAUUAGAGGUUUAUAAGAAGGCUUCUGCACUUAUUGGUAAUAUUCUUUAA